UUUCUGUGUGCCCCGGUGCUUUCUCGCGGGCGGGCUGUUGAAUGGGGUUGUCUGAGACUUCGAGCAUCGUCUGAGGAACCGGGGCCCGCCCUUCUUCGCCUGUUCUGUUAGAGACGGGUUUGUGGCGCGAGACGGCUCCGAACAGACCCCGUGGAAAUAACGUAGCUUCUGUUUGGCGUGAUAAAACAAAUUGGCAACAAAUAGAAUUACUGUGUGUUUCGCGAUCCGCAGGAGCAGGUGUUGGCCCACCUUAGGGUCGGAUUGCAGUGGACGAUGCCCCUUCUAACCCAACAGAUUCAAGCUGAAGACGAUCAGUACAGCUUGGUGGCCAGCCUUGACAACGUGAGGAAUCUCUCCACUAUCUUGAAAGCUAUUCAUUUCCAAGAUUAUGCCACAUGUUUUGCUACUAAAAAUGGAAUUAAGGUCACAGUGGAAAAAGCGAAGUGUGUGCAAGCAAAUGCUUUUAUUCAGGCUGGAAUAUUUCAAGAAUUUAUGGUUCGGGAAGAAUCUGUUACAUUUCGAAUUCAUUUAACAGUCCUUUUAGACUGUUUAUCUAUUUUUGGAUCAAGUCCUAUGCCAGGCACUUUAACUGCACUUCGAAUGUGUUACCAAGGUUAUGGUUACCCUUUGAUGCUAUUUUUGGAAGAAGGAGGAGUGGUGACUGUUUGCAAAAUCAAUACUCAGGAGCCUGAGGAAACUCUGGAUUUUGAUUUCUGCAGCACCAAUGUUAUUAACAAAAUCAUUCUGCAGUCAGAGGGACUCCGUGAAGCAUUUUCUGAAUUGGAUAUGACAAGUGAGGUCCUACAGAUCACCAUGUCUCCUGACAAGCCUUAUUUCAGGUUAUCUACUUUCGGAAAUGCAGGAAGCUCCCACCUUGACUAUCCCAAAGAUUCUGAUUUGAUGGAAGCAUUUCAUUGUAAUCAGACCCAGAUCAACAGAUACAAGAUUUCUUUACUGAAACCAUCCACAAAGGCAUUAGUCCUAUCUUGUAAGGUGUCUAUUCGGACAGAUAACCGAGGAUUCCUCUCAUUACAGUAUAUGAUUAGAAAUGAAGAUGGACAGAUAAGUUUUGUGGAAUAUUACUGCUGCCCUGAUGAAGAAGUCCCUGAAUCUGAGUCUUAAGUGUCAUAAUUGACUGUGAUGUUUGUGUAUACUUGCAUGAAAGGUUAUGUUCUCAGUCUGCAUACAAUAUUCUUUGUGAUUUCUUGUUGGGUUUUCUAAAGGGGAGAAGCAAAGAGGAGAUAGGAACAAGGUGGCUGUGCCUUAAUUAGCUGCUCCGUAUUUUGUAAAGAAAUGUUUUCACUUAGGCAUGUAUUAUCCAGUAUUGGACUGCCCUGUGGUUCUGUCUUUCAACUCAUGGGAAUCAUGAGCCAAGACAAAUAAAUUAUGUGUUCUGCUUUGUUUAAGUAGAACAUUUCAAGAGUAUAAAUAUUUAAAGUUUGAUAAGGGCAUGAGUGCAUAUCUGAAAUGUUAUUUAUUAAUUAGGAAAAGCAUAUGGGUAUUGUUGAAUUCUGGGAAACACACCUUAAAGCAGUGGUUCUCAAAAUGUGGGACCCAGACCGACAGCAUCAGCGUCAUCAUAGAACUUGCCCGAAGCUCUGGGGGUGGGGCCCAGCAAUCUAUAUUUUAACAAGCCUCCCCCUAGGGGAUUCAAAUGAGUGCAAAAGUUUGAGAACCACUGUUUUAAAGGAUCUUUUUUUUUUUUUUUUUCCCAAUAGCAUUUAAUUGCAUUGAAGAGAUUGCUUACAUGUGAUUUCUUCAUAGCCAUAAUUUGAAACCUGAAGUGCAGGCAUCAAAAAAUGAGUCUGAGCAAUUCUUUAUAUGAUUUACUUUUAAAGUAUACCUUUUGAAGAAGUCAAUGAACAGGAUAUAAAACAGUCUUCACAGUUACAGAUGUUCUCAAAACUGUUACAAUGCAGCAAGUACUUAAUAGAUAACCUUUGAUUUGCCUAUAAGAGUUUCUGGACCAAACCAAGGAGUAGAAUUUUCACUGAAAAAAUUUUUGUGGCAUGUAGAUACUUUGUAUUUAAUAAAGUAUUUAAUAAAUUUUUUUUAGUUAAUAAAAUUGUUUGGCAUGUUCUCUAAUAGAAGAAAAUUUGUAACUAAAAUGACGUUUUUGCCUUCGUUACUUCAGUAGGUGACAACAGCUCAGUGUCUCUUAGUGGGCAGAGUACUGGCCUCUUGGGUGGGACAGUUCUUCACUGGAAAGACUGUCAUCCCAUUGCAGGAUUCAUUUAGCCUCUUUGGCCCUUACCCACUAAUCUGACGACCACGUCCCCAAAUAAAGGUGCCCCAUGGUUGAGGACCACUGCGUGAUAGUCACCAAAAUUUCAGAGUAUAUUUGGAAUGCCCUGCCCUGUAAGGCAGUUCUAUUCUGUCCGGUAGGGAUGCUAUGAGUUGGAAUCGACUAAACAGUGGAUUUUUGGUACCUUAUUGGAGAACUUGGAGAGUGUUGCAGAGCAGCAGCUCAGGAAAGGCUCCUCAGAACAGCCGUGAGCGCAGCUUCCCAGGCAUGUGUGCAUCUGGCCCAGGGUGCAGACCUGCUAACUGAGAAGUCUCUCGAGCAACCUGGGAAUGCCCAGCUGCUACAUAAUAAGCUGGAGUUUUGUCAAGUGCAGUAUAUGUUCAAGAAGGGAAUUAGUGAAUCUACUAAAUGUUGCCAAAAUAUUUUUUGUUUAGACAAAAUCAAGAACAGAACAAACCUAAACCAUAAUUGUGAAAGUAAUUGGUCAGCAUUCCAGGGACUACAGUUUUCUCUUAAAUUUAAAACGGGGCAGUGAUUGUUUGUUUUCACUGGUGUAUCCCAUACCUAGAACAGUGCCUGGUAUUUAAUGGGCAUUCAAUAAAUAUUUGCUAAAUGAAACAAUCUCCAUCUUCAGGUUAUCUUUUAGCAUCUUGUUAAUCACUAAUUCUGAUUAUUUCUGAAUUUUAUUUUGAUCUACUACUGUAUUUUUUAAAAGUUGAACCUGGAAGGAAUUUAAAACAAAAAUCGAUUUAAUAAGGAAGGACUGCUAUUUUGCACAUUUUAAACUAUCUGAAGCUAUACAGAAUUCAGAAACUAAUUAUAAAUCACCCUAACAUCAAAGUACUGAUUCAAUCAAGAAUUUCUUCUUUAUGUUCCGUUUACCUAGUGGUGCAGUGGUUAAGAGUUUGACUGCUAACCAAAAAAGUUGGCAGUUCGAAUCCACCAGCCACUCACUGGAAACCUACUAGGCAGUUCUCUGAAUCGACUGGAAGGCAGCAGGUUUUGGUUUUACCUAGUAAUUAACUAACUUCGUUCUAGUUCCUUCCUAUGAAAGACCACUAGGGGGAGCUCUUCAGGCAGUGUCGGGAUGCUUUGGUAACUACAAAUUCAUUUCAGGUGUAGCAUUUGGGGAGCCCUGGUGGUGUAGUGAUUAAGAGCUCGGAAGCUAAUCUUUAGUUUGAAUCCAUCAAGCUGCUCCUUGGAAAUCAUAUAGGGCAGUUCUACUCUGUCUUGUAGGGUUGCUGUGAGUUGGAAUUGACCUGACGGCGACGGGUUUGGUUUCGGGUUCAUAGCAUUUGAAGGACUAGUUUUAUUUUUAAGAGCUUUAGUUUUUUGAAGUUUUAUCUCAUUUUCUUUUCAGUAAAACUGUGCUUACCAUAAAUGGGUAGGUAACCUUUUCCAUUUUUAAUUUACUUAUUCCCCAUUUGAUGAUGUAGUGCUUCCCUCUAGAAUUGAUUGAAACAUUUCAAAAUAACAAAAAUGAUUUAAUUCUGCUUCUCUACUAAAAAUAGGGCUUAUAAUCAUUUUUAUAAGAAGCUACAGAAUUUCUGUGGUUGGUAUCAAGGGGUCUAAGUAAGAAUUAGUUGCCGAAAGGGCAGUGUAUGGCAUUGCAGUUUGGGAUAGGGAAUUCUUCAAAACAACGAAGACUCCCUUCUCCCUCUCCCUGUAUUCACACUGCCUGCCCUCCAUCUACACCUGAAACAAAAUCUACCAGGCCCUGAUAAUUUGGAGGAAGCUGUCUGGUAUUUUUUUCUUUUCCCCAUUAUGUUUGUAAUUUGCUGUCAUCUGCUUCAGAACAGGCAGUGUCGCACUCAUACGUGUGUAAGGUUACACAUAACCCAGCAGCAGCUGAUAGCUCUGACCUGAAAGUCUCACUAGCUAGCUGGUGGCCAGCUAGUGUUCUAAUCCGAAACAUCAGAGGCAGCUAUUCCAAGUGCUUCUGGUAUCCAUAUCCGUUACCACCAGAGGUUUUGGUAAUUAAAUUCUGAAGUAGGAUUUCUUUUGGGAAUUAAUAGCUUGUUGAUCAAUAUCCUAGAUGUUAAUAGGGCUCUCAUUGGUAAACUGGCGGUAUUCAGGAUAUGUGAGUUGAUUAAGUUAUUUCAGAGUAGUUCCUGGUCAUGCAAAGUUGGGGGUGAGCCACGGAAACAGAAGUGGGUCUUCACUGAGCUAACAGAACAGGCUGGGUGUUUGCUAAUAAACAUCUGUAUGUAGGGCAGUUAAACCUGGGCUUUUUUUUCUUUCCUCCUAAGUUGGUACAGAGAUUGUAGGAAAGGAGCUAACUCUCAACAUCUCAAACAUUUCAGUACCUGCUAGCUAAUUCAAAAGGCUGUGUAAGUUGUACUUGAUGAUAUUGGCUCAGGUCAUUUAGAAACAACGGGUUUGAAUGCGCUGGAUUAUCCACAUUGCUGGUUCCCACCUACUGAACUUAGAAAAUAGCUUGGUUCUCACCUACAGUUUGCCAGUGAGAAUACAACUUUGUACUAGGUUGUACCGUGCUGGACAUUUCUGAUGUGGUUUCUUAAGACUUUGUGAUUUUAUGAAAUAGUAAAAAUUUAAGACUUUUGGAACCAACAUAGGUGCUAACUCUUACUCUUGUCAGGUGUGAGGAUAUUAAAACUAUAAAUUACCAUCCAUUAUCACCACCAUUUAAGGCAUUUUAACAGCAAAAUCUCAGAAUAACGGAUAGUUAGCAACUUUAUACUAACAAUAAAGACAAGUUAGAAAUACUAAAAGCAAAUUUCAAAUGCAAGAACAGCUACAUAUAAAAUUUUAUUUUACGAUGUUACACUUUAUGCUGUUGUUUUAUUGACACAGGUCUGUCAGUUUGGAGAUCUUAAAGAUUUUGGGAUUUCACAAAAUGGUAGAAUUUUUAGGUGUCACCCAAAAUGGAGGUUGAGUGGCUAUUUCUGGUACCCACUACCCACUGUCGUGGAGACAAUUCCGACUCAUCGUGACCCUAUAGGACAGAGUAGAACUGCCCUGUAGAAGUUUCCAAGGAGCACCCGGCAGAUUCAAACUAUCGACCUCUUGGUUAACAGCUGUAGCACUUAACCACUACGCCACCAGGGUUUCCAUUUCUGAUACUUUGUUUUUAUCACAAUCGUUGUUGAAAAUCCACUUUCAAGUAGGUAUGUGAAAGUGGAACAAUUCUGAGGCCACUUUAGUGAAUUCAUAAUAUCCUGGGUAAGAACAGCAGCCCAUCUCUAGACAGGGCUAAAAUUAGCAGAGGUAGACUUGGUGACCAGUUAACAAGCACUGCCUUCAACCAGGCCUUUGGCUUUGGCCUUGAUCCUGAGUACCAAGUCAAAGCACUCUGGGAGUGAGCCAAGGAAGAGAAGCAGCUGCCAGGAGAAAGUGCACCAGUCUACGGACAAGCCUUUGGAUUAAUUGGUACGUAUGUACUCCUGACACAGCAGACCACCACUCACUACUCAUGCGUCAGCUACUACUUGAUUAUUUGGUUUUACAGACCGAACAAAGGACUAAAAUGAAGUUGUUUUCUGAAUGAAGGACUAAAAUGUCGUUCUAAGCACUGAGUGAGUGAUAGAGGUGUUAGGUAGAGACUCUUGGCUUCCCAAAGACUCAGGGUCUUUGAGCUCCAUUAAAUUAGCUCAGUUAACUGAGAAAGGAUGAAAAGGGAAAAAUAGAAAGUUUUCUAUAGUGUACACUCAAGUGAAUGAGAUUUCUCCUUUGUCCCUGAGUACACAAAGAAGAAAGGAAAAUAAUUCAAGACUGCCAUUUUCUUCUAGAUAAACACUUACUUAGAGACCAAGGAUUUUAACAUCCUCAGUGAGCAUUCCUUUCCUAACAAGCUUUUUUAAUCUGACAUGAUGAAGGUAGCUUAAAAAAAAAAAAUUUAUGUCAAGUCAAUUCCAACUCGUGUUUCGGAGUAGAACUGCACUCCAUAGGGUUCUCAAAGGCUAUAUACCUUUCAGAAGUACAUCACCAGGCCUUUCUUCUAAGGUACCUCUGGGUGGAUUACGAACCAACAACCUUUCAGUUACUAGCUGAGCUCUUAACCAUUUGCACCACCCAGGUACUCCGAAGGCAACAUAGUGGAAUUGGAAAAAGUAAUCAUCAGCA